GGCGGGUCGGGGCGGGCCGGGGCUAGAACAGGGCUGCAGCGAGGUAGAGAUGGCUUCGCAGCCGCCACCUCCCAAGCCCUGGGAGAACCGGCGAUUAGUGGGCAGCGUGGCGCCCGCCUUCCAGUGAGUGUGUGCUCUAAGCCCGGGUCUCUCCGCAUCCGGCGGGGUCGGCCUUCGCCCCCUGCGGGCAGCCGAGCUCAAAGGUCGGGCCUAGCCCGUCAGCGCGGCGCUGGCUGAGCGAGGCCCGAAGGCUUCAUCGGGCUGGGGGCUGAGGGGCGGGUUGUGCCCGGGGCAGCGUGGGGCCGUUCGCCUUGCUUCUUGGGGAGGUGUAUAGAGAUGGGGGGGGGGAACCUCCUGUGGAUCCUCAUCAGCAGGAAGGGUGCUGUGGGCCACAGGUCUGUGGAAAGCCGAGGAUUUAACAAGGUGCUAACACAGACGUGUUAGCAAAGCUGGAUGUGUUGCCACAAGUGGAAAAAACGCUGUCCUUCGUAGCUGAAGGUUGCAAAGCCACAGAGCAUGUGCUGUGCUCUCCGUGGGAGUGGGGCUGUGUGUGGUUGUUCCUGGCAGUGGAAAAGAUGAGUGUGUAUUUGUUGUUGCUGUGCUGACCUGGGACUGGGCUCCUCCAGAAAACAGAGUGUACUCACUGGGAAGGACGCCGUGCAGAAAGAGUUGGCAAACUAAUUUAAAUCAGAAGUCAAGGGAAGCUUGAUGGCUGAAGAUCAGCCUUGUUUUCUGCUUGGUGCUGUUAACUGCAAUUAGGGUCUCCUGAUUUGGGUGACAAUUUGCUGACCAGACCUGGACAACCCACGGUUGCACGAAUACCUCCACCUAUUUUGCCAAGACCAUCGCAGCAAACAGGAAGCAGUACUCUCAGUACUUUAAGGCCAGCAUAUAGCAGUUCUUUUACUACAGGCUAUGGUUCAUAUGGAACUUCUUUUUAUGGAAACUACAGUCCUUACAGUUAUGGAUACGGUGGCUUGGGUUAUAACCGCUUUCGUACAGAUGAUAUUCCUCCCAGCAGGUUUGUUCAACAGGCUGAAGAGAGCAGCAGAGGUGCAUUUCAGUCCAUUGAAAGUAUUGUUCACGCAUUUGCCUCAGUCAGCAUGAUGAUGGAUGCUACAUUUUCGGCUGUGUACAACAGUUUCAGAGCUGUGUUGGAUGUAGCCAAUCACUUCUCCCGCCUCAAAGUACACUUCACAAAGGUGUUUUCAGCUUUUGCUUUAGUGAGAACUAUAAGAUAUCUCUACCAACGUCUACAGCGAUUACUGGGUCUGCGGAAGAGCUCUGAGAAUGAGGAUUUGUGGGCUGAAAGUCAAGGGGCAGUAGCUCGUGUUGGUCUUGAAGACAAGGCAGCUAACUCAGCAAAAUCCUGGCCUAUUUUCUUGUUCUUCGCUGUUAUUAUGGGAGGUCCCUAUCUGAUUUGGAAACUGCUUUCUACAUACAGUGAUGAAGAAUCAGUAUCUAGUAACUGGGCAAGUGGAGAAGAUGAUCAUGUAGUUGGAAGAGCAGACUAUGACUUCAGUGCUCUCUCAGAAGAGGAAAUUUCCUUCCGUGCUGGUGACAUUCUAAAAUUAGCACCCAAAGACCAACAACCCAAAAUCCGUGGCUGGCUUUUGGCUAGUUUCGAUGGUCAAACAACAGGACUUGUACCAGCUAAUUAUAUCAGAAUACUGGGCAAAAGAAGGGGCAGGAAAACAGUGGACCUGGAAAGGAUUACAGAGCAACAUCCGUCCUUCACUGGGACGUCUGCUAGAGGAUCCACUGCUGCUGUGACUUUAGAGGAACAGGAAGCUGCUUUUGAUUCUGUUUUUGCAGGAAGUAAUAAAGUUCCUGUUGCAUCUGACUCCACUGCAGUUAGUGGAGAGAAACAGGAACUCUAAUGCACUUUCCUCAACAGAGCAACUGAAUGGUGUUUUAUUGAUAAAACUUAGGGUAUGUUUAAAAUCUGUGUUGUAGUAGAACACUGAUGGGCCUGUUCUUUCUCAAAUUUGUAUUAUUUCUUUUUGAUUCACGUAAGGCUGUAUAUUAGUGACUACCUAACCACCAUGCAGCACAUCUGGAGCCAAGAAGAAUUGAGGUGUUUAUAACUAAGCAAACAAGCAAGGAAAUAAGGGCUGGCCUGUUCUCAUUGAGUAGACAAAGUGUUAAUCUAGAAAUUAAUGUCCAGUCUUCAUUGGAAUGUCAGCUUGACAAGAUGCCACUUCAGCUGAUGUGCAAAGGGAAAGUAAAUUUCUGUGAAAAGUUGUCCGUAACUGGAGGCUGAGGAUAGUACUCCAGUAAUAGUACUUUGUUUCCCUCUAAGAAUUGCAAGAGAGUUAGGUGACACAGUCAAACCAUUACAAGUUCUCAAUUGCUUGCUUUUGGUAAGAAGUAUGACUUCUGUCAUAAAGACUUAGCUUGCUCUUUUUUUUUUUAAUAAAAAUAGUGACUUAUGAGAGAAGGGGGUACAGUAAGGAGAGGAGAUUAGAAAUUAAAAAAAAAAACAAACAAUGAGGCUUUGUUCAUUAAAAUAACAUGAGAAUAAAGGGUAUCAUCUAGUCAAGCACUUUCUAGGUUGCUUAUUUUUCCUCACUGUGUAUGCUAAUUUAGCAUCACUUCUAGCCAUUUUGUGUUGGAACCUAUUAACUGCCUGUCAGUAGCCUGUCAGCUAUUGCAUCUCAUUUCCAUUUUUUUGUUUAUAUUUGUUUUUAAAGAAUGUCAAAAUAUCCUGCAUUUUAGUGCAAUAGUAAUGCUGUGGAGAGGCAGGAGUUUACAGAAUACAUUGAGUGGCAAAGAAAAUGUAAACUUUCAUACUUAGUUGUCCCAGUUAGCUAAGUUCUUGGAGGUACAUCUUUACACUGCCAUUCAGGUGGUAAACAUUACAUCAGCCCAUAAAAUGUGAGAGCUCUGAUUUAUCAAGAGCCAUAAAAGCAUUAAGGCUGUUCAGAGUGUGUAGUAUUUUAUUCAUAUUGGUGUUUGAGAAUUCUGUCUCAAAAUACAAUUUUUCUUAAUGAAGGAGAGAGAAAACUUCUGUGUGUGUAGAAUAUAUAUAUAUAUAUGUAUAUAUACACACACACCCAUUCUAAAGGUUAGAGGAGUGGAUAAACUUCUUAAAACUUGUUUUUACUGUUAAUAUACAGUUUUUAUUUUGAAGAUAGAAAAAGUAGGAUACAUGCUUUUGCUUAACUGAUCCAGUAGUUUCAGUUUGUUUCUGCAAAGAUCUUCAACACCCAUUAUUUAUUUAAGCAAAGCUUUCAGUUUUUACACUUUAUUUGCUGGCCUUGUUCUUAUAAUUCUCAAGAAAACUGACAAGAAAAAUUGAGGAGAGCAUAUUUUUAUUGAGGUAGAGUGACUGAGAAGAUGCAUCUUAUCCUCAGAUUUUAAAGUAACCUCUGAGUGCCUUUUGAUAUAGCAAGUGACUGCAGUCAGGUGUUGGGAGAUACCACCUUUACUAGAUUGUUAGAUCUUCAAGUGGGAAGAGGAAGAAGUAGUUUGAAAAAUAAAUGUGAAAUGUGAAACUGGAUUCACUGGAUAUAAAAUAGAACAUGCUUAAAAAAACAGUAAACAAUCCUGAAAUAUCAAAUACAUGGAGAGGAAAAGGUUGGGGGGGGAAGGUUAGCGUGCACAGUUGCUUACAGUGUGUAUUCACGGGAGAAAUUAUUUACUGUUGUGAGAUUUAUUUACUGGGCUAUCAGUCUUCCAUAGCAGUGCAAGAUUUCAGUCAGAGGAAGGGUUUACAUUAAUGAACAAUCCAAACUUUUUUGUAGUGUCCAUUCAAGUAGACUUCUAUUUACUUGCUCACAAGAAGUUUGGUAGAUAGUGCUUUGGUGUUUGUUACAAUCUUUCAAACUACUAAUUGAUGAAUUCAAUUUUUCACAUUUUAAGACAUACUAUUUUGAAAACAGUAGAAAAAUAGGUUGUUAAUAAUUUGUCUUUACAGCAGUUCAACUUUUGUCUGCCGAUCACUAACUCUCAUAACUGUAUCUGCUAAAUGUUGGCAGAGGUUGUGAUUCUUUCAGUCUUACAAUUAUUUUAGUGAGAAAAGGAAGACCAAGCAAUGAACAAAGUUAUUUACGUGCAGAGGGGCAUUAAAAUUAAGUAAAGUGCAUGUGUGUUUUUAAGAUUUAAAUUUUGUUUUUACACGUACAAACCAGUGUCAGGAAAAGGCCUGAAUCAUACAAUUCCAUUGUAUACAUUUCCGGCUGUAUGUCAGCCUACGGGGAAAAGAAUUAUCUAAAUGAACGCUGAUUGAAAAAGAGCAGCCUGUCAACCAUGCUCUCAAGACUUGCCCAACUUUAGAAAAGCUUAGAGAAGACUGAAGGGAGCAGGCGUGGCUCCAACGGGAGUAGGUGGAAGAGAUUAGGAAAGCAAUUAACUCUUAUCCUAAGACCUCUACCUUCUAUGUCGUUCUUAUGUUAUUCUUUGGAAUUAUUUAUAUACCUAUAGCAUAUAGGCAGAGAAGGCUGUAACAGACCUAUGACAUUUGCAUAUAUAAAAUUUUAGUUUAUUCUUACUUAGUGUCAUUGAUACCCAGUUUAGCAUACCAGCCAUUUUAUGCUUGAAUACUACAUGAACUAAUGACAGCUGGCGGUUUUGGCUGGUUCUCUGGGCGCUAGCAGGAUGCAAAUAUGCACAUGUUCAAAGCUUUGCUCAGGUUUCUGAAGAAUAAAUUAAAAAUACUCCUCGUCUA